AUGGGCAGCUCCAACUUCUGGCUCCUUCUUUUGGUAGGAAGUGUCGUUUGUCGGAACAUUUCAGAGUCGAAAGGCGGAAGACUCAGCAGGCAGGAAAACAGAGAGCUUCUCGAAAGUUGCGGGCGAUUCGAGCGAGGUGAUUUUUUGACUAAUACUUAGUCUAAUGCACCUGCAGGACACGAUGAAAAUAGAACGGUGACUAAAUCCUUGUACGGAAGGCCGGCCUCGCGAGGAGAUGCACCUUGGGCCGCUGUCAUCCCAAUAUUUUUUGGUCAGAAUUUUCUCCUGACUUGAAUUCGGGAUUUUUGAAUGCAGAAGGCGAGUUCGCUGGCUUAGCUUCUGGAACUCUGAUCUCACCGCGACAUAUACUCACAUCCGCUCAUGUCCUGGCCCAUACACCUAACGACUGUGAAGAAAUGUUAUCAACUCGUACAACUGAACCGUUUCGUUAAACUUAAAAUGUUUUCCAGAAGAAACAGAACGUUUCAAUCGAAUCUUGCCGGCUUUAAAAUCUUUCUGAACACAUCGUGUUCCACUACUUCGAUCUGUAAAAGAUUGAACAGGUAUGACCAACUUUCUCCACAACUCGUCAAAAAGGUAAACUUGGUCUCGAUUUAUGGAAAUAUUCGGCUUUUCGUAUCAAGGUCUAUGUUCAUAAGGAUUAUAUUAAAAGCGAAUGUCGUGGAGACCGUUAUGCGAAAGACGUCGCCGUAUUCGAACUCUCCAAAGAUGUCAAGUUUUCUUCAGAAAUCUAUCCAGCCUGCAUUUCGACUAGUAUUGCCUUUUCAAGCUUUCCGAAUUUUUAUUUUACUUGUUGAGGAUCCCCUGAGACUGGAGAUAGAGGAUUUGUCUACGGGUUUGGUCAGGAUCGUAAGUUUGAGGCUAAUAUGAUAUCCCAAUCGACAUAUAGUCUGUUCAGAUUUUGAAUGUCAAGUGCAAUGACGUCAUUCAAAAACACUCUGUGGAUGGCUCGCUCUCUGAUUGGUUUAUCGCACCAUUAUGGGCGGAGCUUGAGCGACGACUUGACAUUCAAAAUCUGAACAGACUAUACUAAUCUACUCAAUGCAAAAACUUUUUUUUAGCAUCUGAAAAGAAGAGGCCAGACUUCGGAGUUUUGAAAACGUAUAAAAUCGCGGUGAAUAAAUUAAUGAGUUCUGGGUUAGGGAAAAUCACUUGCAGGUGAGUAAAACCUGCGAUGGCGACCCACAUGAUUACGGUGAUUUCUACUUCUGCAGCAAACACAGGAACGGGGUCAUUGGCUGUGGAGUAAGUUUGUCUAGUAACUCUUCAUGAAAUUCAAAAUUUAGGGAGACAGUGGGUCAGGUGUAAUCGACUACGUUCGUACUAAUGAUGGUAUCAAAAAAGCCGAGGUUUUCGGAAUCGUUACAAAAGGUCAAAAUUGCACUUCGGUCCUUGAAGAGUCUGAAAGAGAAUAUCGAAGUUUGGAAUCUCUGAGAAAAAUUACAACAUUUUUUUUUCCAGCUAGAACUAUGUAUAAUUUACACAUGAAUGUUGCCUAUUUCGACGAGUUUCUCUGCGACUGUUGCGGAAUCUGCGCUCCUCGGGUUCACAGACCCAGAAGAAUCACCUACGAAGUGUUUGAAUAAGUGGUUGCUCUCUGUUGGGAAUAAAGUUCGCAUGACAAUUUGUACGAGCAUCACUUCAAGGUCAUGUGUUCAAAGGCUUCUUCUUCUUCCCCCGACGCCUUCGUACCGCGGCGUUGGCGCUCCAAAUCGAUUAGCCAAGGUCCUAUCCUGACAUCAAACAUAAUCAGUGGACUGGCUCAAGUGUCCGUCCUUGAGUGUGACGGCUGGGGGUUUUUGAAGUCUUGGAUUCCCACUACCACCAUUUCUUAAACUCCUUGGUUGGUUCGAGGCGGAGAUCGAACUUGUGACCAUGUGGACUGUAGACAGGAGAACAACCUGUUGCGCUACGGCGCGUCACAGUUUUAGAAAAAGACAUUCUUUGAUUUCUGAUCAGAAUAGUCAUUCUUCUUUUUCCUACGCCUUUGUACCGCUUGAGCGGCGUCGGCGCCCCAAGUCGAUGAGCCGAGGUCCUAUCCUGAUAUCAGUGGACUGGCUCCAGUGACAUAUCCGUCCUUGUGUGUGACGGCUAGGGAUUAUGAAGCCGUGGUUUCCCACUACCAACAUUUCUUAAACCCCUUGGUUGGGUCGGGGCGGGGAUCGAACUUGUGACCCUGUGGACCGUAGACAGGCACACAACCUGUUGCGCUACGGCGCGACCCUCCCCUUAAGGUCUAUUAAUUUUUUAAAAAUCAAAAAAAAAAGAUUGUUUUUUUCUCUACACGAACUUAUGGAAUUUUCGCUAUAACUAUUUUUGAUUUUCUGUUUGAAGGACUUUGAUGUUGCUUUGAGAAUCUAAAUAUAGCACACAACCUACGGCGCGCCCCUAACCAGAAUAGUCAUUCCUCUUUUCAAAACUAUUCUUCAAAUAUCUGUGAUGUUGAGACUUGACCAUAAACACUUGAGAAAACCCUCAGCGGCCAUUGUACAUGGGCAGACUUAAGUUCAGAUCCGCCGACCCCUCUACAGGAGUCGGGUGUUCUUCAUGUCGUUGUGGAGAGCGUCCAACCGUCGUUGUUUUGGCCGCCCUUUUGGUCUUUUUCCAGCGACUUCCAUCAAAAAACAACUUUUAGCAACAGAUUCGUCGUUAGCUCUGAGAGUGUGGCCGUACCAUCUCAGUCUGGCUUCUCUCAUCUUUUCCGUGAUCGGUGCUACCCCAAAACGUGUUCUGAUGUCCUCGUUUCGCACGUGGUGCAGUCGUGACUCCUCCGGCCCAUCUCAGCAUCUUAGUCUCCAUGACUGCGAGUCGGCGUUCGGCUUCUUUGGUUACAGGCCAGCAUUCGGUUCCGUAGAGCGCGACAGGACGGAUCAAACAUCGGUAGAUUCAUGAUUUUAAUCGGUCACUUAUUGUUGGGUCGCACAGUACGGCUGUGGUGGUUUUCCAUUUGUGGCCAUGUGCAAUUUAUGCGCGCUGCGAUGUCUUUGUUUAUUGAACCAUCAUCCGCGAUCGACGAGCCAAGAUACUUGAAGGAGUUGGUUCUGGGUAGGUCGACGUUCUCGAAUGGUGCCGUUUUCGGUUUUGUCCGUGCUCAAGUAUUCCCUCUACCUUGAAAAGCUCUCUGUGUUAAAAUCUCUAUGUUCUCAGAAACUUGAAUACUUCAAAUAACACGUAGAAAAAGAUUCCCUGACUUUUUACACAAAGAAAUUUUAAAAUUUCAAGCUACCGAAUCUUACCUCAACAAUAGCCUGACUUUCCCCACUGAAAUCGUUCAAAGCAGAGGUGGAGAAAUGGCGCCCCUAAGCGUUUUCAAACGUUUACAUUUCUAAACCGACGUAGGCCGCCAUGGCCAUUUCUUGAUAAGUCGCUGCCCAGGGCGCCCGGGGCCAAAACCGCGAUGGCAAAAAAACGCCAUUGGAAGAAAAAGAACGCGAAAAAAUUGGAAUCUUCUAAAACCUUCUGAAAUCGUUGUUUUCGAAGCUUUAGAACAAGGUUUUUUGAAUUUCCAAUUUGGUGGCGACGGAAAUUUAUUCUCUCACUAGUUAGCGGGUUCGUAACCAUGAAUCUGGAACAUUUCGCCUAAAGAAAAGAACAAAUAUAACCGUACUUCACAUAAAAAAAUUCAACUGGACAUCAUAUCCACUGAAAAAUAAAAAAAAUAUUGAAAAAAUUGCGAAAUCCAAGAUUUAAUGAAAAAUGAACAAAAAUGACCAUUUCUGCCCUACUUUUGCAACGUGGUAUUAUACGCCAUCGACACAUAAUGACGCGGCUCAUUUCUUCUCAGAGGCCUGAUGGCUGAGACGGGCAUGUUGCGCCCGGGAGGGCCCCUCAUUUCUUCCACCUCUGGUUUAAAGUCUCCACAUUUCUACAAAGUUAACUUCUCUGAACUUCUCCAAGCCCCACCACGUACCCACGAAACUGAGGGAUCUACUUGUGGGAGAACGAGCCGAAGGACCGUAAGACCAUGCUUUCAAUUCAAUCGACUACACGUUUUGACUUCUUUUUCGCCAAAGGCGGUGUUAUUACCGCUCAAAAGAGCAAUUUUUUCUAGUCGAUUCCAUCUGACUAAAACAACCAAUAAAUAUUAAUUGAUGAAGUGAUGUAAUAAAAUGACAAUGAAUCCUCAUCACAAAUUUCAACAAAAGAAGUCGAAAUGGGAAAGCAAAAAAGGCCAAAGAAUCGGUUUUCUUUGUGCUAUGUUGUGUAUAAAAUGUUAUUGGAGGUGAUCAUAUGUUUCCAAAAACUUCCUUUUUCCUGCUCCUUCCUUCUUCUGUUCUUUUUUCUUGACUUUUAGGAAAAUAAUGGGGAAAAUCAACUUCUGGAUUAUUUUUCUGUUCGGAAUUGUCAAUUGUCGAACUAUUCUCAAGUCUGAAAGCCGAAAACUCAGCGAGCAGGAGAACAAGGAACUUUUCGACAAGUGUGGUCGAUUUGUGUCAGGUAAAUUCGAACUUUCGGAAAAUCAGUAAACAUGAAUGCUUCUGGACUAGCUUGGAUUCACAAAAAUCAUCAAUUUUGAGUUCUCCAUCACCAUUUUGGGCUUCUCGGGACUCUCAAAAAGUUUUUUCCCAGGGUACAACGAGCAGCACUCUCCAGAAGGAAGAAAAUCCCUAUAUGGAAAUGUGGUUCAACCAACAACCGCUCCUUGGGUCGCAGCAAUCAAUAUUAUCAGAGGUGAGUUAAAGAUUAUAUGCCAAAAAUAUACACAAGGUGAGGUUUCGAACUCGGGAUGUCAAAUUGAUAACCAAGCGAUAAACCAUUGCGCCGAGACGUCAUUUGAAAAUUUGAAACGCCAAAUGAACAACUAAAAUAGUCUCGAAGCAGCAUAGAAUGGAAAAAAUCAGAGAGAACUUGAAAAUUUCAAACUUUCUGGCCGCAUUUGGAAUGGCUCAACGGGUUGCGGUCACGCUGCGGUUCAAAUAAAAAUUAAAAAUUCGCGUUUCAAGGUGCCGGCGUGAUGUUUUUUCCUUUCAGAGCGCGAAAACCUCUAUAAAAACUUUCUUUUGCCGCAACGCGACCGCGACGCUUCGAGCCAUUCUCCGUGCGACCAACUAGUCGAUAUUUUUCGAUUUUUCAAAAUUUCAGACGGACGAGUUCAAGCAAUCGGGACUGGAUCACUAAUUUCCCCCAGACACGUCCUGACAGCUGCUCAUCUUAUUGGAGAAACUUAUUCCGACUGCGAUAAAGGGUUUAUCAAACCUUGGUCGCAUUUGGAAUGGCUCUACUGAUGUCUGAGUCAUUCCACUUGCGACCAUGAUAAUUCAAAUCGAUCUAAUUGAGUAUAAUACUCAUUUUUUACAGAGAAACUAAUCAAUACACUGAAAAAGCUUCAAGCUACGCUGUCUACUUGAAUGUCACCUGUAUUAAUCCAAAUACUUGCAAGCGGAGCGAUCGGAAUGAUACUUUCGAGCAAAUUCCGGUUAAAAAGGUGAUCUUUAAGAGUUUCACGGUCAGAUAAAAAAUUCUUUCUGGAAAGUUUGAAGAAUCUUGCAGGCCUUUCCGUGUUAUUUUUGAGGCAUUCUAAGAUCUCAGCUAGGAUUUUUGGAACAAUUGCAUUAAAAACGAUCAAUUUAUCAAUAGAGCGCACAAGCUUGAGCACAGAGGAGCUGUUUUUGUAUUUUUUUUUUUUAACUUUUUUUUUCUGGUCAACCCGACCUUAUCAUCAUCAUCAUCAUCAAUAUUUAUUGGUUGUUUUAGUCAGAUGGUAUCGACUAGGCGGUGAAAAAAUUGCUCUUUUGAGCGGCACUAACACCGCCUUUGGCGAAAAAGAAGUCAAAACGUGUAGUCGAUUGAAUUGAAAGCAUGGUCUUACGGUCCUUCGCCUCGUUCUUCCACAAGUAGAUCCCUCAGUUUCGCGGGUACGGGCACGGCGGGGAUGGUAGGGCUCGGGCACGGACGCCGUGUACACUCUAGGGUAGCCUCGGCCGACUGAGAGAGCUACCACUUAGAGUGAAGAAAAUACACGGAAUAUAUGCACUAAAGUAUCUAAAAGUUAAAAGAAAGUUUUUAAGUUCAUACUUUCUUAGCGUCAUCACUCUUGAGUGAUCCCUAGAAAUGCUCAGAAACCUCCGAAGCGCUUCCAGUUUUCGUUACCGAGUUCCAAGAAGAAUUAUUUUUUUUUCGCGCUGGAGCGCAGAAAUUAAAUCUGACGCGGCUAUUUUUUCUCACUUUUCCCGUCUUUUUCCUAGAAACUUUUCUCAAACUUCUAGAUCUACAUCCGUCGCGGUUAUUUGGGCAAUAACUGCCCUGAUAAAAGCUCUUUCUAUGACGUCGCAAUUUUCGAACUUGCUCACGACGCCAAAUUUUCCAGGGAUAUCUAUCCGGCUUGCGUUUCUCAUGGUUCUUUCUAAUUUUCCAACUCUUGAUUUUGAAAAUUUCAGAAUUACCACAGAUUGGAGAUGAAGCUAUGCUUUACGGCUACGGUGAUGAUCGUGAGUUGAAAAAUGAAUUUAUGAAAAAGGAAAGAAAAUUUUAAGCGAGCGCAGUGAAUAUGUUGAGAAGCGGGAUUUUGAAAUCCAUAGAUACCAAGGUAAGUCUAGAAAAAAAAACAAAGAAAAAAGCCUUUCAAUGGUUUUCGAAAAGUAUAGAGAUCUCAGGGUGAGCUCAAAAAAACCUGGAGAAAUAGCAAGAGAGCUUUUGCGCUCCAUGGAUAAUUCUUACAUACACCAACUCAUUGGUAACGCGAAGCGGACGUGCUCCGGACGUUUCUGGGCGAUUCUAGGGUUCACUUAAGAGUCUGAGGCUACUAAAGUGGUCACUAGUAAUGGUCCGACACGUCCGAUGUGCGUCCCGUUCGCGUUACCAAAGUCAUUAAAAUUUUUAAAAAAAAUCUGGCCUGUCUGCGUCUCUUUCCCCUCGUCAGCGAGAUCAUAGAAAUUUGAAAUAGCAUUCAAACAUGAGAGAGUUGGCCAAGAGCGUAGGAAUGACACUGUUACAAUUUACCAAAUGAAAAAAAUUCUUUCAGCAGUUCUGUUUUCGAAAAUUAUUAUUAUUGAUUCUCAACACGUAACAGCAAACAUGACUUCGCCUUGACGCUAAGAGCCAUUCCAAAUGCGACCAAAGACAUCAUUUUUCAGGUGGGAAGCAACUGCAGUGAUUUUGCGGGGUCCGACGAGCCUUACAUGAUGUGCACCUACGCCGAUGAUCGAGCUCUAGCCUGCGCGGUAAUUUUCAAAAAUCCUAACCAGUCUGACCAGUCUACGCUCUCUUUUCCCUCACCAAAAAGGUCUCUCUCAAAAAUGAAACCACUCUGACCUAGCUGCGCCCUCUUCUCUCUAACUAACAAAGUCAGCUCUAGAACUUUUCAACGUAGUUUUCCCAGGGUGACAGCGGCUCCGGACUGAUCAGCAAGAAAAAACUGAACGAUGAGAGCAAAGUUGAAGUGAUCGGCAUUUUAUCGGCCGGGGAGGCUUGCGAAAUCGUUUUCGAGCAACAUCGAUGGGACAUUGAAAGUAUACAACUUAGCAAACUUUUCGAUAUCAUCUGUUUCAGAAAACAGGCCUCUCAAAGAGUACCCGGACCUCCUGAUCAGAGUUUCCAACUUCAACGACUUUUUCUGUGACUGUUGCGGGAUUUGCGCCCCAGGGGUUGAAAAACCAUCAGGAAUCACUUAUGACGUUAUCGAAUAA